GAUGAAUCUGCAGACAUGUAUGAGAGCUAUCGAAAUUAUUGUAAUUACUUGCAAGAAGUAAUUGCCAAUACGGAUCUUUCACAAGAAGCACGCGAUCAUGCUAGGAUGCUUUAUAAUAAUAAGAAGCAACAAGUUCUGAAGGAUGUUACAAAUAGGAGCGGAGAAAAGCGAAGCAUAGUUGCAGAUGCUCCUGAAGCCACUGUUUUAUACAAAAAGAAGAAGACCAACUCACUCGAUCAGGCAUUGUCUUAUGUUCCGCCGCCCGCCAUAUACCCAUCGGAUGCAAGUAUUUCGGAAACCGUAACAUCUAUAAGUGGUAUUUGGCCGCCAACCAGAUUACGGCGUUGGAGUGAGUUUCUUAAUAAUGUAACUAGCUUCGCUUUCGAUGAAGAGCCGAAUAAGCACGAGAAGCCCAAGUUCACAAAAGGGCUUAAGAUACGCGUAGAACCAGAUGUUGAUGCUAUAACAAGUGUCAACAUCUACCAUAAUCUGAAUACAUUAAUGGGCCCACGCUACGAGUUCUCUAAGCAAAAGAACUCCGAUUUCAAGUCCGGUGAUCCCAAUAUUGGUAAAGGGAUACCCGAUUCUACAUGCCGUGUAUUUAGGAAUGAUGAUGGAAACAUCAUCAUUCCUAUAGAAAUCAAGAGGAAUCUCGUAGUUGAAUCAUUGAUCAAUGAUGAAGAACUGGCGCUGGAAAAUACCCAUACUAGAGAUGCAGUGAAACAAAUUUAUAAUUAUAUGAUUUCACUGCAUCUUCAAUAUGGUGUCCUUUCCAGUUACGACUAUCAUUGGUUCCUAUGCAGGCCAAAAGCAAAUCCAACGGAAUUGCUUAUUUCUGAGGCACUUCCGUUGGAAUCAACAUCUCCGACGGUGCUUAAGUCCUACGCGUAUCUAGCCUAUCUCGCGGCAAGGGAUCCUACGUCACCCCAUCCUAACACAAUUCCGGACCGAACUAGAAGCGUACGACAAGCAAUUUGA